AUGAGAUUUGAUUAUAGUGGUGAAGGCCUCGUGCAGGAUCAGCCACACUUUUUGGAGGGACGAAUACAGAAACCUGGUGCACCGAAUGCCACAAGGUUCCCAAACGACCCUCCGCAGGCAAAUCAGUCAACUAAACUAUGUAUCUCUCCCAGUCUGUUCAUAUCUAUCUAUCUAUCUAUCUAUCUAUCUAUCUAUCUAUCUAUCUAUCUAUCUCAGUCUGUUCAUAUCUAUCUAUCUAUCUAUCUAUCUAUCAUAUCUAUCUAUCUAUCUAUCUAUCUAUCUAUCUAUCUAUCCCAGUCUAUCCAGUCUAUCUAUCUAUCUAUCUAUCUAUCUAUCUAUCUAUCUAUCUAUCUAUCUAUCCCAGUCUACUCGUAUCUAUCUAUCCCAGUCUACUCGUAUCUAUCUAUCUAUCCUAGUCUACUCGUAUCUAUCUAUCUAUCCCAGUCUACUCGUAUCUAUCUAUCUAUCUAUCCCAGUCUACUCGUAUCUAUCUAUCUAUCUAUCCCAUCUAUCGUAUCUAUCUAUCUAUCUGUCUAUCUAUCUAUCUAUCUAUCUAUCUAUCUAUCCCAGUCUACUCGUAUCUAUCUAUCUAUCUAUCUAUCUAUCUAUCUAUCUAUCUAUCUAUCUUACUUUCUUUUGUCUCUUUCAUUGAUUUUCCUUACUUUCAUCUUCACUUUCUUUCUUUCUUUCUUUCUUUCUUUCUUUCUUUCAUCUUCGUUUUCUUUCUUUCUUUCUUUCAUCUUCCCUUUCUUUUAUCUCCUUAAUAUUUCUUUCUUUCUUUCUUUCUUACUUUCUUUCUUUCUUAAUAUUUCUUUCUUUCUUUCUUUCUUUCUUUCUUUCUUUCUUAAUAUUUCUUUCUUUCUUUCUUUCAUCUUCCCUUUCUUCGCUUUCUUUCUUUCUUUCUUUCUUUCUUUCUUUCUUUCUUUCUUUCUUUCUUUCUUUCUUUCUUUUAUCUUCGUUUUCUUUCUUUCUUUCUUUCUUAUAUCUGUUAGUAUCUCCUUAAUAUUUCUUUCUUUCUUUCUUUCUUACUUUCUUUCUUUCUUAAUAUUUCUUUCUUUCUUUCUUUCUUUCUUUCUUAAUAUUUCUUUCUUUCUUUCUUUCUUUCUUUCUUUCUUUCUUUCUUUCAUCUUCCCUUUCUUUGUUUCUAUUUUCUUUGUUGUUUUUUUUUUGUUUCUUUGUUUGUUUCUUUAUUUCUUUGAUUUCUUUCUUUCUUUCUUUCUUUCUUUCUUUCUUUCAUCUUCGUUUCCUUUCUUUCAUCUUCGUUUUCUUUCUUUCUUUCCUCUUCCCUUUCUUCGCUUUCUUUCUUUAAUCAAUCUUUUCGCUCAAAGCCUUAGCAAAAUUUUCAGGGCCCUUCAUCACGCAUCAUUUCUUCAUGUCGCCUUUUCUCUCUUAGAUCAAUCGAUUCAUUUGUCAUACUCGUUUUGGGAACUGGGGGUUCAUUUCUUCAUAUCUAUCUUAUUCUCUUCAUACUUAACUCGUCUAUCUAUCUAUCUAUCUAUCUAUCUAUCUAUCUAUCUAUCUUUCUAA